GGGCAGCAAGCAGCGUGAAGGAGGAUGUAGAACUCUCACCGACAUGUUGUCGAGGCAGGAGCUUCACCAUGGGCCAGUCCUCCAGCCAGAUCACGCAACAAUCACAACAAAUCGUGAUCGCAAGAACGCCCACGCCAGAACUCAGCGACGUUGAUCGAGAAGCAGCACGCGGGCAGCCGAACGAGAGCAACGUGAUGGAAACCCUAUCCGACCACGACCACACCACGACGAUACAUUGGAGCCCCAUCAAUGUGCCGCGACCGAACACUGCAGACGCGCCGCCUCUGUCGCAAACCAUUCCGUCAUCCCAACCUACAUCCUCAGCCCCAGCGAAAGUUCCCAAGAAGCGGGUCAGCCAAAGCUCGCAGCGUCGCCUUCUAAGCCCUCGCGUUGUCAAAGUGGUACCAUCGGUGGAAGGUAGCGACGAGGAGGUGCAGCCGCAGCAGAAGAAACGCAAGGCUCUCCCAAAAGCAGCGAGAAGCGAGGAAGACGCCGCGCCAGCACGCUCUGGACAAGUGAAGGCAGAUCGGCGCUUCAGUCCACUUCGCCAAAACAAACCGCGCACAACCGCGCGCCGAAGUCCUACACCGUAUCAUUCGCCAGUACCGCCACCGCCGCAAGUCGUCAUUCCUUCGAGUGAGAUAUUGGAAGCCACGCAGGCGCAGGCGCUGCUCAAUCACGUCGAAGAGUUGCAAGGGCAGUUGUCGAGGGCGCAGAGUCAGCUACAAUCUCCUGACAAACACAAGCAUUCACAGAAUGGCCCAGAUGCUCUGAGCGCAACUGGGAAGAGCGUGCUAGCAGAGCUGCAGAAUAACAAUCAGGGAAGCGAUUGGUUUUCCAAGAUCGACGAGGCUGUUGCUGAAGUGGAAGCGGCACAAAGCAGAUCGAAAGACGCGGAUCAGGUGCAGUUGGCUGUAGGCCAGAUCAGUGAAGCGGAAGAGAGAGGUGCAGCCCCAGAUCAGGCUGAGGGACCUGCUUCAUCGGGUUCCACAGUGCCAUCUACCACUGCAGACCCUGUCCAGGGUCGUUCAAUUGUCAGUGAGAUGAAGGCUUCCUCCGAAGAAAUAGAGGACGACCAAGGCACGCCGGGAACAGAAAUCGAGCAGGCUGAGGAAAGUGAAGAAGGACUGGAAGACGACAGUAUGGACGACGACGCAGGCGAAGAACAAGCCUGGCCCGAGCCUACCGAGGACCAAGUAACAGAGUAUAUGCGGCAGCGCAAGCUCACUGCCGAUGACCUGGAGACCGAGGAGCCCAUUGCGAAUCCACAAGGCGAAUGGGAGACGCGCGAGAACAAGCGCAGAGCAGCUCGGAAUGCAUUACGCGAAUACAUUGUCGAAUGCAGCCUGGAACGUGAGCUCUACAAGGGACUGGCAAAGUAUGUCAUCAACGAGGAAGGCGAGACGUCUGUUGUGUACGCUGCCCGUGGGGAGAAGUUUCCAAUCGCAAAACACACGAAAUCAGAGAAAAGAGAGGCCAAGGCCAAGAAAGAAGGCAUGAAGAGCACUAAGCACUUCUUACACGAGUCAAUUGCCCAGCGUGAUCUAGAGCUACGCAUGAUGGCAGAACAAAGGGCUGCCAACAGUGCAGCGCCCCAAGGCGUUGAGCAUGUGUCUGUGACUGUCCCAACUGCACAAUCGCCGGAUUCGGGCAAGGAAUCACUGGGCCAACAGGAGCAUUCUGAAGACCCUAUGGAGAUUCAAGCCGAAGACGAAGAGCAAGAUCGACCGGAGACCCAAGAAGACGAUCACGACCAGCCCGAAGACUCUGUGUCGCUUCAAGAGGACGACGACGAUGUGGAAGCUCACAGUGUUGUGGACGCGGCUCAAGAGGAUGUCGCGGGAACAGAGGAUGGUGAUCCUGAGGCUGAAGAAAUAGAGGUCAACAAAGCAGCACUCGGGCAGAAGGCGGACGAGGUGCAGGCGGAAGUGAUGCACGCUGAUGCCGCAAAGGACACCGAAGCUGGAGCGCAGGCCGACUACGACGCGACAGCCCCCGAUGCGGUCGACAAGCCUCGGAAGACAACAAGGAGCAAGGGCAAAAAAGCAGCAAUCAGUGCCAAAGAACCACCUUCUGCCGUCGUCGACACGUCCACCGCAGCGAAAUCUCCAGAUCCGGUCGUGAGGAAACAGCGGAAAGUGGCAAGACCACCACGCGUACGCGUCAAUCCUGCACUAGCCGUCCCUGCCGUGAUCCCCACGCCUCCAACAUCUGAUCAAGGCGCCCAUCUUCUCAACACUGCAACGCAAACGUCGAAUGUCGAUGAAUGGCUCGCCGGUCAAAGUCAAGAACCUCCUGUUCCGCCUGAGGAACUCGAGCAGUCUGUGCCUGACGCCAAGAUUUCUCGGAAGCGGAAGCGAAAUUCUGGGGAAGCAGACUUCGAGGUGCCACCAAACGAGGUCGCGACUGAAGACUCCGAUUCGAUGGGCACCGUCAGCAGCGCCGCGGCACAAGAAGCAACGCGUAGCAAAAACAAGCGACGACGUGAGCAUGAGGUUAUGGCGUCAGGAUCGAAACCCAAGAAGCGCAAGUCCAAUGACGACGGACCCGAAAAGCCGGCCAAACCCAAACGCCGAGUGACAAUGAGCGGCCCCUUUACUCAGGAAGAGAAGGAGCUCGCAGACAAAAUCUUCGAAAGCGCCAUGCAGAAGGAAGGACUCAGCGAAGCUCAGCUCAUGGCGCAGGUGCAGAACUGGAAGACUUGCGGCUGCUUCAAGACUGACAUGUUCGCCGCCUUCUCUGAUCGCUCAGUGGAGUCCGUUCGCAAGUUUUGCCAGCGUCGUUAUCACGGACAACAGCGCGGUCCUUGGACUCCAGAGGACGACGAGGCACUUCGGUCCGCUUAUGCGAGGUACCCACUCAAGUGGACAGCCAUCAGUGACCUUGUGGGCAGAACUGCGCAGGACUGCAAAGAUCGCUGGAGGAACCAUUUCGAAUUUGCACACAAAGUCUUGGGUCCGUGGACGAUCGAGGAAGAAGAGCAACUUCUGGCCGCCGUUGAAGAAUGCAUCGACGUGAUCAAGAAUGAGCAGCGAGACGAUCGUGCGCUUCUCCGAGAUCGCGAACGUCUGGAGGCUUUGAUCAAUUGGAAAGUGGUUUCCGAUAAGCUCGAAGGCAAGCGCACCACGAAGCGGUGUCGUGAAAAGUAUCUCAAGUUGCGGGCUUCACAGGCAAAGGCCAAGAACAACGAUGUCUCAUGGAGCACUACACAACGAGCCCGCGACGACGACAAUCCCUCCAAAGUUGCUCAAGCCAAGCGUGCGCUCAAAGAAUUUGAAAUUGGCGACUACUACGAUGUAUUCGUCGAGAUCCAUUCUUCUUUUGAUAAUCCCCAUCAGCACUUCCGUGACGAGAAGAACGUGGUCUGGUCCAUCGUGUCCUCUAAGAAUAUGCACAGCCGAUUCAGUCUAUUCUCAUACGCGAGUCCUUUGCGUAGGGUGGCUCUUGAGCAUGCAAUCGCAAACUGGCCAACCAACAGCGCAAAAAUCAAGCGGAGGCUCGAGAAAGUGGACACUAUACCUGCCAAAGCCUUGGUGCUGGCGAGAUGGGUUGAAAAACACAAUGCAGGAAAUCUCGACGCCAUCACCCGUACCUUUAGGACGGAAUUGAUCGGUAAGACGAAAGAGGAGAUUGAUACUAUCAGGAAGUCUCGCAAGGAGAGGUUUGGGCAAGGACCUCGGAAGAACAACGGCAAAUCAAGAGACUAUGUUACUGAAUCGGAAAGUGAAGACGACAUGGAGGAUGUUGCACGCAUACCUGCUGAGGUUCUGGAUGACGAGGACGAUACUCAUGAAAGCGACGACGAUGUCAAGGAUGAUCAUCGGGCCCAGGAGGCUGGACACAGUGCCUCGGAGGAAGACGAAGAUCCUUCAGAAGUCACGCAGCAGGUGCCUGAUACCCAGUUCGAGGACACUGGGUUCGUCACAAGCGACGCAGAAAGCUUGAAAGGCAGCCCCAACAUGGCCCCCUCAGCUUUCAUGGACAAGCUCAAAUCCAGUGGCGGCAGCAGCAAGCGCAAGUCGAUCGGCUACGGUAAGAGGGACAGAGUGAAGGCGGAGAAGCGUCGAAGCAAAGCACACUGAAGCAUAAUGUACUUUUGCGAUCCAUCACGAACAUUGCCGACCUCGCGCUGGAUCAUGAAUGCGCGUGGGUUCAUCACGCUAAGACGGCCAUUUUUUCGCCUAUCGCUGGUCGUAGUCUGGGGAGCCUUACUAACGCGAACAUUGUACGGUAUUGCUGUAUACAUAUCCGUAGUUCAACUUCGAACAUGCCACCGGCGCGAUGUGCGAUUGA